GACGGUAAAGAUCAGAGUCAGCGCGCUACACAUAUUGCCCAUCAUGUUCUCUUGUAAAAUUUCCAGUGUAAUCGGUAACACCAGUGUUGUCAUAAGUUUAUCAACCAGUGGGAAAAUGUCCUCACCGUCACAUCACUAGUAUGAAACAUACAUGUCUGCUGCUUCAGGAGUCCCCUCGGCCAACCAGCAACCAGCCUGAGAGGACUCCUUCUUCAGCUUGACAGCUUUCUAAUGAUGAACUGAUGUUGGAACUGUUCUGAGUCCAGUUUGAAUCACUGAAUUGUUGUUUCAUGACAUCUUUUUAUUUUGUCUGGUGUCUUUUAUCUCUCUCUAUUUUAUCUUCUAUCAUCUCUCCAGACUCUGUCAGGCUGGUGAAUGGGACUAGUCUGUGCUCAGGCAGACUGGAGGUGAAGUCUAACAAGUCUAUCCCGUGGUGGUCCUCAGUGUGUGAAGCUGACUUUGACCAGCAGGAUGCAGAGGUGGUCUGUAGGGAGCUUGGCUGUGGGGCUCCUUCAGUCCUCCAGGGGGCGCUCUAUGGAGAAGUGGAGGAUCCAAUGUGGACCAAAGAGUUCCAAUGUGGAGGAACUGAGUCUGCUCUCCUCGACUGUAGAAGCUCAGGCUUAGAUAGAAAUACUUGCUCACCUGGUAAAGCUGUUGGACUCACCUGCUCAGAGCCUGUCAGGUUGGUAGGAGGAGACAGUCGCUGUGCAGGAACACUGGAAGUGAAUCAUGGAGACUGGAGACCAGUGGAUUACUCUUUCUGGACCCUGAGGGACGCAGCUAUUGCCUGCAGACAGUUGGACUGUGGCUCUGCUGUUUCUGUAGAAAUGAGAGAGGAGUCCUCAUACAGAUCUGUGUGGAGGAUCAGCUCUGACUGUGUUCAGUCUGGAUCUGCUCUGAGGGAGUGUGCAAUAUCAGAUACCUGGCCCUACAUCCUGGAUAUCACCUGCUCAGACUCUGUCAGGCUGGUGAAUGGGACUAGUCUGUGCUCAGGCAGACUGGAGGUGAAGUCUAACCACUCUAACCAGUGGUGGUCCUCAGUGUGUGAAGCUGACUUUGACCAGCAAGAUGCAGAGGUGGUCUGUAGGGAGCUUGGCUGUGGGGCUCCUUCAGUCCUACAGGGGUCACUUUAUGGAGAAGUGGAGGAUACAAUGUGGACCAAAGAGUUCCAGUGUGGAGGAAAUGAGUCUGUUCUCCUGGACUGUAGAAGCUCAGGCUCAGAUAGGAACACCUGCUCACCUGGCAAAGCUGUUGGACUCACCUGCUCAGAGUCCGUCAGGUUGGUGGGAAGAGGCAGUCGCUGUGCAGGAACACUGGAGGUGAAACAUGGAGACUGGAGACCAGUGAGAUACGAUGACUGGACCCUGAGGGAAGCAGAUGUUGCCUGCAGAGAGUUGGACUGUGGCUCUGCUGUUUCUGUAGAAGAGAGAGAUGAGUCCUCAGAUAGAUCUGUGUGGUGGAUCAGGUCUGACUGUAUUCAGUCUGGAUCUUCUCUGAGGGACUGUGCACUAUCAUAUUCCUUUUCCUCCAUCCUGAAUCUCACCUGCUCAGACCUGCUGCUUCAGCCCAACAUCGCUGCGUCCUCCUCCGUGGACGGGGUCUCCGAGGCCCAGCAGCAGGGGUUUCAGGUGCUCAGGGGCUUCACCUUCACCAUCAGCUGCUCCACCCAGCAACAGUACCCAGGAGGCUCCUUCCAGCUCACCUUCACCUCCUCCACCGCAGCACACACCUACACCCAGCCAGCUGUCAAUCACUCCUCCCACUUCCUCUUUCCUGCUGCAGAGCCCGCCCACCAAGGAAGCUACAGCUGUGUUUAUCACGUCUAUGUUUUUUCUCAUGACUUCUUCUCUGAGAGCCGUCUGCUCUCUCUCACUGUCACAGACCUGCUGCUUCAGCCCAACAUCUCUGCGUCCUCCUCCGUGGACGGGGUCUCCGAGGCCCAGCAGCAGGGGUUUCAGGUGCUGAGGGACUUCACCUUCACCAUCAGCUGCUCCACCAAGCCACAGUUCCCAGGAGGCUCCUUCCAGCUCACCUUCACCUCCUCCACCUCAGCACUCAACUACAUCCAGCCAGCUGUCAAUCACUCCGCCCACUUCCUGUUUCCUGCUGCAGAGCCCGCCCACCAAGGAAGCUACAGCUGUGUUUAUCAUGUCUAUGCUUUUUCUCACGACUUCUUCUCUGAGAGCCGUCUGAUCUCUCUCACUGUCACAGACCUGCUGCUUCAGCCCAACAUCUCUGCGUCCUCCUACGUGGACGGGGUCUCCGAGGCCCAGCAGCAGGGGUUUCAGGUGCUCAGGGGCUCCACCUUCACCAUCAGCUGCUCCACCCAGCCACAGUACUCAGGAGGCUCCUUCCAGCUCACCUUCACCUCCUCCACCUCAGCACUCAACUACACCAAGCCAGCUUUCUAUCACUCCGCCCACUUCCUGUUUCCUGCUGCAGAGCCCGCCCACCAAGGAAGCUACAGCUGUGUUUAUCACGUCUAUGUUUUUUCUCAUGACUUCUUCUCUGAGAGCCGUCUGCUCUCUCUCACUGUCGCAGACAUGCUGCUUCAGCCCAACAUCUCUGCGUCCUCCUCUGUGGACGGGGUCUCCGAGGCCCAGCAGCAGGGGUUUCAGGUGCUCAGGGGCUCCACCUUCACCAUCAGCUGCUCUACCCAGCCACAGUACCCAGGAGGCUCCUUCCAGCUCACCUUCACCUCCUCCACCUCAGCACUCAACUACACCAAGCCAGCUGUCAAUCACUCCGCCCACUUCCUGUUUCCUGCUGCAGAGCCCGCCCACCAAGGAAGCUACAGCUGUGUUUAUCACGUCUACAUUUUUUCUCAUGACUUCUUCUCUGAGAGCCGUCUGAUCUCUCUCACUGUCACAGACAUGCUGCUUCAGCCCAACAUCUCUGCGUCCUCCUCCGUGGACGGGGUCUCCGAGGCCCAGCAGCAGGGGUUUCAGGUGCUCAGGGGCUCCACCUUCACCAUCAGCUGCUCCACCCAGCCACAGUACCCAGGAGGCUCCUUCCAGCUCACCUUCACCUCCUCCACCUCAGCACUCAACUACACCCAGCCAGCUGUCAAUCACUCCGCCCACUUCCUGUUUCCUGCUGCAGAGCCCGCCCACCAAGGAAGCUACAGCUGUGUUUAUCACGUCUAUGUUUUUUCUCAUGACUUCUUCUCUGAGAGCCGUCUGCUCUCUCUCACUGUCACAGACCUGCUGCUUCAGCCCAACAUCUCUGCGUCCUCCUACGUGGACGGGGUCUCCGAGGCCCAGCAGCAGGGGUUUCACGUGCUCAGGGGCUCCAACUUCACCAUCAGCUGCUCCAUCCAGCCACAGUACCCAGGAGGCUCCUUCCAGCUCACCUUCACCUCCUCCACCUCAGCACACACCUACACCCAGCCAGCUGUCAAUCACUCCGCCCACUUCCUGUUUCCUGCUGCAGAGCCCGCCCACCAAGGAAGCCACAGCUGUGUUUAUCACGUCUAUGUUUUUUCUCAUGACUUCUUCUCUGAGAGCCGUCUGCUCUCUCUCACUGUCACAGACAUGCUGCUUCAGCCCAACAUCUCUGCGUCCUCCUCCGUGGACGGGGUCUCCGAGGCCCAGCAGCAGGGGUUUCAGGUGCUCAGGGGCUCCACCUUCACCAUCAGCUGCUCCACCCAGCCACAGUACCCAGGAGGCUCCUUCCAGCUCACCUUCACCUCCUCCACCUCAGCACUCAACUACACCCAGCCAGCUGUCAAUCACUCCGCCCACUUCCUGUUUCCUGCUGCAGAGCCCGCCCACCAAGGAAGCUACAGCUGUGUUUAUCACGUCUAUGUUUUUUCUCAUGACUUCUUCUCUGAGAGCCGUCUGCUCUCUCUCACUGUCGCAGACCUGCUGCUUCAGCCCAACAUCUCUGGGUCCUCCUCCGUGGACGGGGUCUCCGAGGCCCAGCAGCAGGGGUUUCACGUGCUCAGGGACUUCACCUUCACCAUCAGCUGCUCCAUCCAGCCACAGUACCCAGGAGGCUCCUUCCAGCUCAACUUCAACUCCUCCACCUCAGCACUCAACUACACCGAGCCAGCUGUCAAUCACUCCGCCCACUUCCUGUUUCCUGCUGCAGAGCCCGCCCACCAAGGAAGCUACAGCUGUGUUUAUCACGUCUAUGUUUUUUCUCAUAACUUCUCGUCUGAGAGCCGUCUGAUCUCUCUCACUGUCGCAGAUCUAAGGCCUCUUAUCAUCAGAGCGAUCGUCCUGCCGCUGAUUCUGCUGUUGGCGAACAUUGGCUUUUACUUCUACUAUAAGACCACCAGGGGGCAGAGGCUGGGUAGACGGGAGAAGGCUGAGCCGGAGUAUUAUAACCUGGGUGUUCCUGCAGCUGAAGGAGGGCCGACUGAAGAGGAAGGAGCUCAGGGAGCAGAGUAG